AGACGCGGGCCAGGUUAAGCCCGGUCUCGCGUGUGGCGGCUCCCGCCUGGGAGCAUCGCGGGGCGAGGGCGGUGGCCUGCAGGUGAGCGGGUGGCAGGGGCAGCGGCGUGGACCCCGGAGUUCCCGAGGAGCCCCGGCCGCUGCGCGGUGGCGGAGGCGAGGCUGCCGUUGUCCGUGGGCGGCGGUGGUUUCGGGCCGGGAGGCCGCAGGCUGACGGCCGGACCGUUUCGGGGAGCCCCGCCGUCGGGCUCCGGAGACCAUCCUGUUGUCCGCCUUUGCGGAGACGGCGUCGGGGCCGCGGCGGCCAGUUUCCCGACUCGCUGGCCGGACUUUCCGCGGGCCGGGGGACCCGGGCGGUGCAGCUUCAGAGAUGUCAGCCUCUGCUGGUGCCGGAGCGCGACAAGCGUCUGGGUGCCCGCUGAGCCGGCCGGGAAGCCGGCCACCGGCCAUUUGAGAACAUCCUGGCGUCCUGGCCGAAUUUGGGAGCCGUUUGUGAGACUCAGGCCAGGGAAGGCGAGAUCCCGCGACUCUGCUCAUUCUCGCCUCGAGGUCUAAAUGAACGUCGAAGAGAGGGAAGGUGGGCCGAAGGCUCACCGUCGACAGCACCAACUCCCCUUCUCUCGUCCUUUGCGGCUUGGCCUUUGGAUAAGCGUUUUGUAAGCCAAGUGUUUUAUGAAGAAGAUCCGUUACUUAAUUAUAUUCCAGAUAAUACAUGGUCUCAGUUGCCAUCAUAGGUGGUAAUGGGUGAAAACUAGAGAAGUAUAAAACAGGAAACCACUUAGAGAGGCUUCUAAGUCAAGGAGAAAACCUGUCAAGACAGCGUGAGUAUACAUAGUCUAUGCAACCCUGCUUGUCUGUGCUUUGCUGCAUGCAAAUGGGUGGGAGCCACUGUCUCAGAGCUAGCAGUUGCCACAACUUUUUUUGUUAUGGUAAUUUCCCCACAUUUUGUAGCUAAUACCUUGUGGGAAAUUCGUGGUCCAAUAUCUCCGUUCAUCUUUCAGUCUUUUUUUUUAGUGUUUAAUACUUCUGCCAUCUGUACUCAGGUUUUUUCCUUUUUCUAUCACUUACCCCCUAACUAAACAUAAGUUUUCUCAUAAUAGGUGAUUAUUUAUUUGUAGGGUACAGUCGGGAGCUUGGAAAAGAGGCCGUGCUCUUCAAACUGGAGAUGUCAUAGGCUUCAAGACGAAGGCACGAGACUCACUGCCAGUGGAUGUGUCCCAUGAUGAAUUUUUGAGUAUACACCAGGGGCUGCUGAGAACAACUGAGCUAGAAUUCUCCUGUGCCUGUUCACCAGAUCCUAGGCUUUUUCUGAGAAGGCAAACAUCAAAGACUGGACAAUGGCACCUGAACUCGUGUUGCCUGAGUCUCAGGUGAGCUGCGCGAUCCAGCUGUUGAGGGCUGCCUUUCCCUGCUGCCCAGGAAACACACUGCCCAGCUCACAGAGCUUGUUGACAUUUGAAGAAGUGGCCAUGUAUUUUUCCCAGGAAGAAUGGGAGUUACUGGAUCCCACUCAGAAGGCCCUCUACAGUGAUGUAAUGCGGGAAAACUAUGAGACCGUCAUCUCUCUAGCUGUCCCUGUUCACCACAUCCUAGCCUUUUCUGAGAAGACAGACACCAAAGACUGGACAGUGGCACCUGAGCUCGUGUUGCCUGAGUCCCAGAGCUUGUUGACAUUUGAAGAAGUGGCCAUGUAUUUUGCCCAGGAGGAAUGGGAGUUACUGGAUCCCACUCAGAAGGCCCUCUACAGUGAUGUAAUGCGGGAAAACUAUGAGACCGUCAUCUCUUUAGCAUUAUUUGUGCUCCCCAAACCCAAAGUGAUCUCCUGUCUAGAGCAAGGGGAAGAGCCAUGGGUUCAAAGGCCCUUGGAGUUCAAGAACAGUUCUGGGGAGUUGCCUUCAGGGUUAAAGGUCAAAUCUGACACUGAAAACCAUCAGCCUGUGUAUCUUUCUGACUUAGAAAUACAAGUGCCAGGAGACACAGUAUCAAAAAAGACCCGAGUGAAAGUUCCCCAGAAAACAACAGGCAAAGAAAAUCAUGGUGAUGCACAUAGGAUGGGGAAGUGGCAUCAAGAGUUUCCGGUUAAUCAAACAAAGGAGCUUUCAAUUUGGGAAGAAGAGCUGCAGAGACUCAUGGAUCUUCACAAGAAAGCUCGUGCAGUAGAGAAGCCUUUUACAUGCCAGGAGUGUAGGAAAAACUUCAGACUUACCUCUGAUCUUACUAAACACAAAAAAAUUCACACCGAAGUGAAGCCGUAUAAAUGUCAACAUUGUGGUAAGAGCUUUAGAGGGAAAUCAGAUCUUAACAAACACAUAACAAUACACCAAGGAAUAAAACCAUAUAAAUGCUCUUGGUGUGGGAAAAGCUUCAGUCAAAAUUCAAAUCUCCGUACACACCAAAGAACUCACACUGGAGAAAAACCUUUUAUGUGUUAUGUAUGUGGAAAGAAAUUCAGUCAGAAUUCCCACCUUAGUAAACACCGGAGAACCCACAUGUAGCAUAAGCAUGAGAAAGUUUAGCAGGAAUUCCAGCCUUCUUGCGUACCAGAAAUACUACCACUGAACAGAAGGAAGCCUAUCCAGCAUCCUUAGUCUGAAGAAAUUCUCCAAGUAGAGCUUUGCCCUGAGCUUUAUGAAAAAUAUAAAGUUAAAAAGCAUGAAUAAUUCAUCAUCGGAAAAUUUGGUGAUAAAAACAUGUUUCUCAGAAAUGAAUCAAGGUAGACUCUGCAGGGGAUAUGUUAGUUGUACUAAUUACAUUUUUACUAAUCAGGGAAUUCCUAACAAGAAAGGUGUACAGGGAACAUUCUGAGUACAGAAUGUACUAUUUCAUGAUUGUUCUGGCAAUUAGCAAAUUCAGCUUCAAAUAGCAAAUAUACCCAUGAAUUAAUCAGUCUUCUGUGAUCAUCUUUUGUUGGUUUUACGUUGACCUUCCAGCCACGUUAAACACAUGAUGGAAACAUUUGUAGCAUGGGCUUCCAAAACAAGAAAGAAUAACCUGCAUGUUUAAUUGGAUACCAUUGCCUUCAUGUUAUUAAGCUUACCAAUUUCAAGAGUCCUGUGGGGCAAAAAAGUUCUGUUAUCAAGUUUUCCAAGAACCAAAUUGGAUUUUCCUCUCCUUUGUCAUUGGACACUGUUCCCCACAUUGGAUAUCAUUUGAGUUCCUUCUUGAACAUUUUAGUUCUUGAAUCCUUUUAGGACCAUUUUUAUUAUGAUGAAAUACUAUUUACUUCACCACUAGGGAAUCUUGCAGAAGAAGUAAUAGUGCACUGACUUACACCUUUGACUGGUGGUGUUUGAUAGAGGAAAAUGCUAAGAUCAUAUGCAAACGGGUUGGAAUUUUUAGCCAUGGAUUACAUAUUAUAUGUAAAGAAGAUUGUAAUAAAAGAAUCUAGACAUUUUUUCCCCCUCACAAUGUCAACCAUAAAUAUUAGCACCUGGGGUCUAAACGGAAAUUUAUGGAAGUUCAGUCAAAUCGGGUUUUUGUUCAUUGGCUUUUUAAUUCAGUUUUUGUUUAGAAGAACAAAGGGUUGUUUCAAAAUGAGUGUGUGCUGCACGCAGGUUAUGGUUCAGUGGGCGUGGCAGAAGGUUGGGUUCCCAGAAGGGAAGGUUUGGGAAUUGGUGCUGAGUGGUGGACAAGGACAGGUGAAUCUGCAUUCACAUUGGUUGUCUUACACUGUAAACCAGUGUGAAGCCGGCAGGGUCUCCCUGUGUCUGUUUUGUACACAGCAUGUAACAACAGCCUUCGGGGGUGAACGGUAGAUGGCUGAACUCCUCUGUGGGCUGUGGAUCUUCUUAUUGUCUACAGCAGUGACUCCCAUGUGCUCCUGUUAGAGUUUUUAGGUGGUGUCAGGAAGGGGGUUAAAUGAGUUCCCGAACACCUCACAAACAAUGAGAUUAAGGCUCUGAUGCGGGGACUUGUUCAAGACCCUGUUGCUCUGGGUCCGCUGGCCGUCAGCUGCGUGAGGGAGGCCCGAAGGCAGGAUGAGUGGGAUGUGCACGUUCUCCCUGCAGGGCCGGGCUGGAUGACAUUGUGCUGUGUCUACUGAGUUCUGAACAUUCUCGUGGCUUGAUUAGUUCCCGAAACACGCAUUGGCUUCUCUUACCCCUGCUCCCCAGUGAUGUGCUGGGCAGACUGACCGCAGGGAGGAAGCAGUUGUGUUUAUGGCUGUUUUCAGCUCCUUUGAGGAGUCGAGCACGGCUGGUGGUGAUUAUGCUCCAUUGGUUUGGUCCUUGGCUUCAGUACGUUACAGUGUAAGUCACCUGAGCUGUGGGUCCGGUGCUUUCAGCAGGAUUUUGUUUUCUUGCCCAAGGUAAGAAAACUUCUUAGGCACAGGUAGCACUGAAGCUCUCGUCUGCAUAGCUGUUACCCAUGGCCUCGUCCUCAGGCUUUGGGUACUCUGUCUCAUCCAGGCCAUGUGCAGACAUCUUCCUGGUGCUACAUUCGUUUCAUCUCGGGGGGGCUCUUAGGUGCCCAGGCACUAAGUUUGGUCUAGACUGGGAAUGCAGUAGUGGACAAAAGAGCCAAAGACAUGCCCUCGCAGGACUUGUAUUCUCAUGAAGAGUGUGGAGAAGAGUGGCGAUAGUUUGCUGCCUCUUGCAGUUAGGGUCAUGAGAUGGUUGUGGGUGAUGGGUUGUGGGAAGCCCCACUUCUGGGCUGAAGCCUUUCUUCGUUGGUGCAAAACUCAAUAGUGUCCUUUCUACAGAAACGGGCUGCAAAGUCAUAAUAGUCUGGAGUGCUGAGCCCCCCAUGUGGAGAGUCCCCCAGACCUGUGAUGGACUUUAUAGGAAUGAAAAAUAAACUUCUGUUGAACUACGGA